ACAGAGUAUAUGUGUGUAUGUGUGUGUCGGCCGUCAGCUGAAUAAGCGUUAGAGCUGUCGGUGCACAGAAACAGAAAUAGGUGAAGGCUCAGACUACAACAACCAGCAGCAUCCUAAAGAGCGAUCCGGGCUCUGUGGGGCCUCUCCGGAUCCAUGGCCUGAUCUGUACCGGCGGCGGAUCAGCUGCAGCUGAAGCCUUCGAGAUGCUCCGAGCUCUUUGCAGCUGCACAAUAACACCGUCACCGAUACCGGCCCGGGGUUCCAGCUAUGCUUUUCAGACGGAGAGCCAGGAUGUUGCGGUGGCUGGUUUGUGGUCGGGUGGGUCCAGUUUGGAUGUGGAAGGCGCUGCUGCUCUUCGUUGCCAUUGCCUUUGCUGGCCAGCUGUUGGGGGUCAUCUUCAACAAGAGCAGUGUCCAGCCAGCUAGUCGCUCCAUCUUCUCGUCCCCUGAUGCUCAGGGCCCCUCUCUGGGCUCCUGCCAGCCCCACACCCAUGUCAUGUUCCUCAAGACCCACAAGACAGCCAGCAGCACCGUGCUCAACAUGCUGUAUCGCUUUGGGGAGGAGCGCGACCUUCGCUUCGCCCUGCCACUGGGCUACCAGCUGGGCUACCCACUGCCCUUCAAUGCCCACAGGGUCAAAGGUUACCGAGGUCCCAGAGUCGUGGAGUUUCACAUCAUGGGCAAUCACAUGAGAUUUCAUAGGCCUGAGGUGGAGAAGGUGAUGCCUGCAGACACGUUCUAUUUCUCUAUCAUCAGGGACCCGGUCGCUCUGGCCGAGUCCUCCUUUGCCUAUUAUAAGGAAGUUGCGCCUGCCUUUCGGAAAGCCAAAAGCUUAGGCGACUUUGCUGAUGACCCCAAGAAAUACUAUGAUCCUCGUCUCCGCAAUAACCACUACGCUCGCAACCUGUUGUGGUUCGACUUUGGCAUGGACCACAAUGCUAAUUUCUCUGAGGCCCUGGUUCAGCGUGCUGAGGCCAUGAUCCGCCGAACCUUCAACCUGAUUCUGGUGUCAGAGUACUUUGACCAGUCCAUGAUUCUGCUGAGACACGCCCUCUGCUGGCCACUGGAUGCCGUUGUCUCAUUCAGCCUCAAUGCUCGGCAGCAGAAGCCCAGUAGCGUUGGGGGGAUGAGUGGGAGCUGGAUGGGUAAAGCAGCAGCGGUAGCUGGUGUUGGUGGUAGAGCGGGACGUUCACAAGCCAAGACACUGACCAAUGUAACAGAGGAGCAGCGGGAGAAGCUGCGGGAGUGGAAUGCCCUAGACUGGCACUUAUAUAAAGCCUUCAACCGGACCUUUUGGGGGGAAAUUGACAGGUUCGGACAUACCCAGAUGGAGCAGGAAGUAGCUCUUCUCAGGACACGACGGGAAGAUCUGGCCCGGGUUUGUCUCAGGGACGGCGGGAAGCCUGUGGAGGCGCACCGGAUCCGGGACAAAAACAUCCGCCCAUAUCAGAGUGGAUUGGUGAAGAUUCUUGGCUACGAGCUCCAGCUGGGGCUGGAUAACGCCACCAGGACGGCCUGUCUCAGGAUGAUCAGGCCUGAGAUCCAGUACAAAGAUGUGCUGGAUGCUAAACAGUUCCCACGGGCUGCGGCCCAAGCCCAAACUGGGCAGCAGAGCCAGGGCCUGAUGGUAGCAGCAGGUGGCUCUCUUUUAAGACAAGACUCAUCCAGGACAGCAGAGAGGCCAGUUAGGGGAGAGGCUGGGGGGAGGGCAGUGGAGAGAGACUGGGAUGGAAGCCGCUUAGUGAGGAGGAACCAGACCUUGAUACGAGACAAAGGAAGAUUGAGGUGAGUCUAGCUCCUGAAUACGGUACCUUUGGUCUCUGAACAGAUGGACUAAUGACCUGAAAACUGAGCCAAGUGUGGUUACACAUGAGAAAACAAAAAGCUCCUCCUUUGCACUUCCACUUUUUGGUUGUUUGCUUGUUUUCUUAAAAACUGUCUUUGCUUUUAGUUGGUGUAGUUCUUGUGAACUUGAUCCUUGACCUCUGAGCGCCUGGGAUGCUUUCAUGGCAGCAGUAACAGGUUGAAGGAGCGUUAUAUGUUUAAUCUCAACAGAAAGUGAAAGGAUCACACGUUUUUAUGAGGAGAAACACUCAAAAAGUGUUGGCAGGUACGUUCUGCUUUGCUGUUAAUUUAUAGACACUCAGAAGCCUGUUUUACUUCCUGCUCAUAUUAAUACUUUUAAGAGUUACGAUUUUCAAGUUGUCCUUGGUGCACAUGCUAAAAAUUUCUCAACAUAAAGGUACACUCUAAUGCAGUACUGUUACAGUGAGUCACUGAGCUAAGCACCACUUUCUUUAAAAAUAAAACCUUGUGGCCAUUUCGAAACAUUUCACCAGAAUCCUCAGAGAUUCUUUUAGCAAUUUGACUACAGCAGUAUUCUGUCUGCUGCACAGUAAACAUGAUUUUUUUUUUACCUGUUUCCAAAGUUGUGACUGCAUUUAAUUAUCAAAACAAAAGUGGUAACUGGAAAUGUCAAAUUUCGUGGGUUAGGCCAGUGUAAAAAUGUUCAUACUGGUUUGACGUUAAGCCAAACAUCGGACCGAACCAGUAUGCUGAAUUUUACCACUAGGUGUUGCACUCAAUAGCAGCUCCUGAGUAGAAUGACACUGUGUUCUAAUAUUGAGCGAGCGUCUGACUAUUGUAUUGCAUCAUGAACAUCGGAGCUCUCAGUACACGUUGAACCAAUAAAUAUGCACUUCUGUUACAUCAUGUAAACAAAGUAGGUACCUAUCAACUGUGCACUGAAGAUCAGGUUUAUAUGGUGUAUAUAUUUACUGGAAAUGACAUACAACAGCAAGUAGCCUAGUUUGUUAUUAGCAAUGGUCAUUUACCAGAAACUUUUCAUUCCCUGGGGAUCUCCCUCCAGUCAGCUGUCACCUUAUUUUUGUUUAUUUUUUUGUAGUAAAAUAUGAAGCUAUUGUGCAGAUAAUUCCCUCAUUUCAGCUUAUUAUUAUGUUGCCGAUGUUGAGUUGAAGACUCUUUCCCCAUUCUAUGUGAGUUUCACCCUACCAAACCUUAAGCCCUAACCCUAACCAAGGAGGGUGUUACACAUUAACGGGAGGGUUACACUAUAUGAAACCGGCGCUCAGCAGUAGAUUACACAAAGAUUGUUUGACAGUAGCAACUCUGUUAAUCCAUUUAUAAACAAACAUAAUAAUCAUGUGAUUAUAUUACUUAUUACUAAUGCAAUACAAGUUAGAUUUAGCAUCUUGACGCUGUCAGCACAGGUUGGUGAUGUAGGCUCCUUUUUAAUUUGCCAGAACAUGUCAUAAUGACAACUGCUGGUUCAGCUUGUUUGCAUAAAAUCAAAGCUUGUGCACCAGACCAGAACUGCUUCGAUUCCAAAGUGUUACCGUAUUGACACAGUUUGGUUUUCUCAGCGACAAACUCUGCCUUUUGUCAUCACCCCAAAAAACACAGUAACUUAAACAAACACAAUCUGCACCACUCUUCCACUUCCCAAACAAGGCCAGACUGGCAAAAUUGGAAAUCGACCCAACUACAUAAUUCCCAGCUUAAUGUACAAAAAUUAAAAGUUUUAAUUGUCAGUCAUACUGUCCUUUCAGUUACUCCAUUUUAGACAAAAUAAUGCAUUUUUAUUGUAUAUAUUAUACAGAAUUAGCAGGGAGAUGUGUUAUUUCUCUCCACCAGAUCAAGGAAACAGUUGCAACUUGGAAAAUGGGUAAAAAAAUAUAUCGCGCAGUGGAUGGAAAUCUUUGCGACAAAUCUAAAUGUUAAACUAUCUUUAGACUGCUGGGUAUUUUUUUUAAAUGCUUGCUAAGCUCUGUGACUCUAAAGCAGUGGUUAUACAUGAGAGGCACAAAUUGGGGUUAGAGUAUGUAUACAACACUAAUUUUCCAUUACUGAUAUGGUUUGUAAAGUCAGUUUAGGCUGGUACUGUGAUGGACAAAAAGAAUUAGGAUUUCUGUCUUGGAAACACUUAGCUCAGCUUCAGUCAGUAUUGAGCCCUGUUUAGAACCACAAACCUGAACUGCUUCUUAAAUAUCUCUUAAUAAUACAAGAGGGGAAAAUGAUCCGAGGCCUAUUCUCCAGUUCUGAUACUCACCAGCCUGCAGGAGGCUGCUUAAUGUCAGCAUUUGGGCACAUUCUUUCCUUCCACUAUCUGCUAAAGUAUUCAUCUGUUUGAUACAUGCAGACACAUUGCCAUGGAGAUCCAUUAAUAUGUUAUGAUGUCAGGUAUUAGAAAUGAAGUUCAUAUCAGGUUGGGCCAAAAUAAAUCAAAAAGCAGUUGUGUGUUAAAGAGGCACUCCCUGAUUCUUUGUAAUGGACAGUAAUGUCCUCAACUCCCCAGAUUCCCCUGCUGAUAGACUCUUGACAAUGAGUCAGCAGGUUUAUGGGGGAAUUUUAGGUUACACACUACAGUUCCAACACUAACGUAUAUUCUAAGAGGACAUCAGUGUCACUCAGGAGCCUUUCUAGCUCCUAUGUUUAAAAAAAAAUAGAAUCAACAAUGAAAGCGAUGCUCCUAAAAACAGGGCCAACAAAAUAAGGAAUACAUACAAAACCAUAACCUUAAAAAUUAUGUCAGAAACACAACUCAUAAGGCAAAUAUUACCUAAACAGAAUUUGAACCAUAUAUAUCAUUGUCAAAUGAGCUGUGAUAGGUUUCUUUAACAAAUGAGACCAUGGCUGAAAUGAUUUGGAUCACCAUCUCAGACUUACAGACUCAUCUACAGAAAAUACUAAAUUCUGCUUUAAGUGAGAAGCUCUUCAUGAAACUCUUCAUCAUCCCUGGAGUGUGGCAUGUUUAUCUGAGUCACAUGUUGUGUUACAGCCUGGUGCUGUGUGGUACUUGCUGAAAGCCUGCUGAUAUUUUAUCAGUAACAUGCUGCUGCAUGAAGAUUCAAAUGUUGCUACAUCUAUAACAAAAAAGACACAUCUUUACAUCUGUCAGGGACACCACAGACAGGUUCUCACUUGAUGAUCUUGUGCAUACCUGCAGUCUGACACAGAAUUCCUACAUUUGCACAUGUGUGUGCUUUCUGACAUUGUCUGACUGGUUUUUGACUACACUCAGACACAGUGGUUACAUCAUGGUAUGCAAAAUCUUCAGGAGCUCUACAGAGAUUCCAUGGUUCCCAAAGCAAAAUGAAUUAUACAUUAGACUUACAGCAUUAAAAGUCAAGUGAAGCCUUGCUCUUUGCUUUCUUUAUGUGCGUAGUUUCUAAAGUUUAACUGUACAAAACUCAAAUAGAAACAUUUUGAAGUUUAUUGAUCUUCAUGUACGAAGUACAUUCUGUCUAAAGGAGCAGUGGGCAGCUGUUCUCAAGUAUCUGUAUUUCUUAACCUGGCUGUCAGUUUGUGUGGUGUUGGAGGAAGGCAGAGCACACAGGAAACCCAUGCGAGCGCCUCUCUAGCUGCUCAGGGACUGGAUAGCAGACUGUGGUCUGUGCAUGAACAGUCAGAGCACUUCAAAGUGAGCCAACUUGUCUGCUGCGGUUUCCACUUUCUGCCGUCAGUCAGUGCAACACGACACAGUCUUUCCUGUGAUAUGUGAACCCCUCAUGCACAGUGAUCCAAUUUGUUUAAGAGCAAUGCAGUCACACCAUUUGAGAAUGAUAUUUAGAGAUGAAUAUUUUACAGUGAGCCAUGCAGUUUUUGCUUACACCUGUCUGUUAGGAUUCAACAGCCAAACAUAUUUUAAGAACUCUCAGAGUGACGCAAAAAAGAAAUGCUCACUGACCCUUUGCUAAGCCCCGUCCCCUUGCAAUGGUCUGUCAAGCUGUCGGAGUGAGCAUGGAGCCCAUACUUUCACUAACUGAACUCCCUCAAGAAAUAUUAUGAAAAUUUGGGGGAAAAAAGGUGACUUCAGAGAGAAGCAGAUAGAAGAGUGUACAAUAUGUGUCUGAAGGAUAUAUCCAGGAUGUCAAACUCAUUCAGCAGCAAAAGCUAAAGAUAAAAAAAUUAAAGAUAAAGAUAGCUAUUGCUAAAGUCUCCAGGUUACAGUGUAAAAGUGAACCACGGCUAAGUUUAGAACAGUAUACCGGUUUUAAGAUAUACUGUGAUAUAGAAAAUUGACAGUUAUUGUACAUAUACAUUUGCUCAUCUACGAUAUUGGGAAAAAACUGCAACUGGACAGAGAAUCUCUCAGACAACAUUAUUUUAGUUAUUGUCAAAAGGAAUACUUUUUACACAUACUUCUAUCAACAAAAUUGUUUCAAGUUUCAAUGAAAGUAAUAGAACAUU